AACAACAAAUACAACUGUACCAGUAUGCAAAAUCCACACUCUAAAUUAUCUAUCUCGUAGUUUCCUUUGCAUAAAAGAAAAGCAAUAGCACUAUUCUCUAUUUCCAGACCCAAAUCAACUCGGGGAAGAACAAAAAAGACCAUUUUCUUAAGCAUAAUCAUAACUCAAAAUCAGAUUCUGUAAAAUGAAGGAUGAAAUUGAAGGAAGCUACAGUGAUUAUGAUGAAUCUCAGAGAGUUCCUGGAACAAAGGAAUCUAUUUCCAGCCUGCCAGAAAAUAGAGGAAGAUUGGAAUCAAAGAGAAAACUGAAGAAAGUGAGGUCAAUUAGGCUUGGAAGAUUAUCAAGCAUGAGAUCAUCAACUAGAAGGGGGAAACCCCAAUAUGAUGAUCUCAUCAUUCUCUCAUCUGUUGGCACAGAAAGUUUGGAGGGGCCAACCCCAAUUGACAUGGCAGAUGCAUCACCUAAUUACAUGAAGGCUACCAGCAGUUCUCAUGCAAAGGAUAGUUUUCAGAAUACACGGAGAUUUUCCACAAAGAGGACUUUAACUAGAAUGUCUACUUUGAAGUUGAAGAGGAGUUUGACCAGAAAGUUAUCUGGAAGGACUGAGCCAAAGAGGAAAUUGAAGUCAUCAAGAUCAAUCAAGUUUGUAGCUGUUAAGGGUCCAAAAUCAACAAGAAAGCAAUCUGAAUCUACCUGUGGCAGUGAUGAUCAAAAUGGGAAAAGUACAUGUGAUGCUAGCAGUAAACCUCAGAGAGUCAUUACCAGAAGAUUAAGCUUCAAACCUGUGAGGAUGUUAACAAAAAUGCCCACUUUCAAAGCAAAGAAUUCUUCCAAAUCAGACUCAAGCUUGCAUAGAGCCACAUGUUCUUCCACUCUCAAGGAUUCCCAUUUCCCUGAUCACAUUGACCUUCCUCAAGAGGCAAGUACAUCUCAAGGAGUAUCAUCUAUGAAGGUUUGUCCAUAUACUUACUGCUCUCUUCACGGUCAUCGCCAUGGCAAUAUGCCUACGUUGAAGCGCUUUGUGUCAAUGAGGAGGCGUAUGUUGAAGACCCAAAAGACCAUGAAAAUGGACGGUCAACCUGUUAAUAGAUCAAAGCAGUUUGGAAAUGCAAGGAAAGCCGCUCCAAAAGCCCAAACUGUUCACAGCGAAGAUGGCAGAUCUCAUUUUCAGAACAUGAAAAAGAUGGCAAGUGACUCACAUAUUAGGCCUCAUGGCACUCCAACAUCCAGAGUUACCGAAGGUGACACUUCUGGGAGAGAGGAUGAGGAAAAAUAUAAUGUCAGAUCUAAUGCUGAGGUGUUACUGGGUGAAACAUCAUAUCCACAUACGAUAAAUUUUGAAGAGUAUCUAGGUGAUUCUCCUGCAGUUAAAAGGCAAACUUCACCUUCUGUCAAGGAAAGAAGUAUGGAAUAUUGCUGCAUUGCCACCGAAAAAUACAAAUCCGAUUCUGUGGUAGCUGAGACACCGCAGAGUGACAAGAAUAUGGUUGCAUGCAAGAAAAAUGAUGAAAGUGCUACUGUGGAUUCGACAUCAACAGAUGUAGUCAAGUUUUCUGCUUCUGAUAUUGAGAUAUUGGAGGGAAAAGUAAUUACUGCAGGCAAAAACAUGGAGCCAGAUUAUGAAGUACUUCAGAAGAGUUCUGCACAGGAAGAGCCUACCCCUGCUAGUGCUACUGAUGGGGCAAUGCAGGAAAGAGAUAAAAAAUAUAUAAAAAUGUGGCAAUUGAUGUAUAAGCAUGCAGUGUUAGGUAACUCAGGGAAAUGUGAAAGUAAGCUGCCUUUUAAUGAGAAAGGCAGGGAAGAAAGCGGGCAAAAUGAUCUCAUGAUUAAUGAAGUAAACAGCUGUUCUUGUCAUAAUCAUUGCGAAACCAAUCAGGAUAUGGAUGAUGAAAAUAAGAAUGCAAUUGAGCUGGUGCAGAAAGCAUUUGAUGAAAUUCUUCUCCCGGAGCCUGAAGAUCUCUUUUCUGAUGAUCAUUUCAAAUCUGAAGGCAUUGAUUCAGAUGAGCCACUCUCAGAAAAGAGUGAAGGUAAAAGAGAAGAAGUGAAUACCUCAACAUCUACAGAAUCUCCUAUAGAAGAACAGAGGAUGGGGACUGAACCUCACCAAACAACACCAAAAAGCUGGAGCAAUCUGAAAAAAAUGAUCCUCUUGAAACGGUUUGUAAAGGCAUUAGAGAAGGUAAGAAACUUCAACCCACGAAGACCAAGUCAUUUGCCUUCUGAUGCUAACUUAGAAAUAGAAAAAGUUUUUCUCAAGCACCAAACUGCAGAAGAGAAGAAAAAUACUGAGGAAUGGAUGCUUGACUAUGCUCUUCAAAAGGUUAUUUCUAAACUUGCACCUGCUCAAAGACGUAGAGUGACACUUCUAGUAGAAGCUUUUGAAACAAUUCUGCCAUUUCAAGAUGCUGAAAGUAGUCCAUGGUCUUCUGCAACAAUGGAACCUAAAGCAAAUCCAAUUCAAUCCCUUGAUGAUUCCUCAAAUCAUGGCAAGGAAGAAGCAUCAUUUUCUCAUAAUAGUAAUAUGGAACUUGAGGAUAAUGCUGGUGAUGAUCCAAUGCCAGAACUGCACAAUCCUAUUGUGCUCAAAGACAUCUUUGAUUAUCCUCGGACUGAGAUUGUCAAGCAUAUAUCUGCAUCUGAAGCUAUUGAAGAAGACAUAUAUGGAAACCGAAGUUUAGCUGGCAGUGAUGAUAAUGAUGAGAAAAUCUCAACUGACGACAAUAAUAUUUAUCCUGUAGAAAUCAAAGAUAGCAGAUCAAGUUCCUUAAAUAAGCCAGUUGAAACUACAAGCAGCUGUCAUGAGGAGGCUCCAACCAAUGAAAAGGUCAGUGAAUUUCCAGAAGACUUGAUAUCCAAUGUGAAUAUAGAAAAUCCAAAUAUCAAAUCCAAAUCACCUGGAAUAGAUGUUGAAACCAAGAAGCUGAUUGGUGAUAAUGGGGAACAAUUUUCCGUGUCUAAAAGUUUAAUUCUAGAAGGUCUAGUUAGAUCACUCAGAUCUAAUUUGAAUGGUUCAGGAGCACCUGCUAACCUAUUAGAUGAACCAACAGCAGACAGGAAAGAAAGGAUUGAAAAAUCUAAGCUGGAAACUGAGACUCUUGAAGAGUUCCCUACACAGGAACAAUCUGAAGCUCCCAAGAGUGCUGUUGUAGAACCUGAGACCCUGCCAGAGAAACAGCGCUACACAGGUCUGUGGUACUUGGUAUAUAAACACAUGGUAUCGGAUAUGGCUGAAAACAAGCCCAAGUCACUAAUUGAUGAGGCAGAUGAGAAAGAGUCAGGGCAUGAAGGCGGCAGAAAAAGAGGAACUUCCAUCUCUCAUGAAAGUACACCAAUGACUAAGCAAGAUAAGGAAUUCAAGGACCAUGUUGUAGAUGAUCCAGAAGUUGAACUCCAACAGAUUGAAGCCAUCAAGAUGGUAGAAGAAGCAAUUGAUUCAAUCCUUCCAGAUGAUAAGGACGACUUACCAGACAAAGAGUCACUUGCUUACAACACAAUUUCAGACAACUCUAAACAGUCUGACAGAACUGAAAGAGUGUACAAUGAAGGUCUGGAGAAAAAAGAAGAAAGAAUGGAAUCUAAAAAUAGAACAAUCCAAGAAAAAGAAGAUGAAGAAUCAGCACCAAAGGAGGGAAACAAAACAAACCAGCAAUUGCCUAGAAGCUGGAGCAAUCUUAAAAAGGUAAUCCUGCUUAGGAGAUUCAUCAAGGCAUUGGAAAAAGUAAGGAAAUUCAACCCAAGAGGACCCAGAUAUCUACCUGUAGAGCCUGAUUCAGAAUCUGAGAGAGUUCACUUAAGGCAUCAAGGCAUGGAAGAAAGAAAAGGCACUGAAGAAUGGAUGCUUGAUUAUGCACUUAGACAGGUGGUUUCCAAAUUAACCCCAGCUAGGAAAAGAAAAGUGGAGCUGCUAGUGGAAGCUUUUGAAACAGUCAUGCCAACCAUGAAAAAUUGAAACUGGCCAGAUAGUGGAAUAGCUCGUAUGCAAAAUGAAUUCAAGCAGAACAAGAUGAAAGGUCAAGAAAGAAAUCUGUAUGAUCACAAUCCUUUGCGAUUACUCUGCAGUUUUUUGUUUGUCAAAACAGUGUGACAGAACUCAGAUAUUUCAAUGUGUCUCCGAGGGAGAAAUUUUAGAGAAUAAUGAAUGUUUCAUGAUUCAUCACAACAAAAUUUCAAUACAGGGCAUAUUUUUUCUCUUGGUGUUCAGACUUCAGAGGUGGAUGUUCUGUAUGAAAGACCUUGGCAUUACAAAUACCGUAGACAAUCUUUAGUAUCAUGAUGUAUAUCUUUUAUUUGGAAGUUGGAACAUAUUAGAAUGGCCUAAUUUGUAGAACAUAUUUAUGUUCUUUUCUUCUGAAAAUAAAGAUUUCUUAUCCUGUUAUCAAACAUCCAAAAGUAAACAUGAACUGAAAAGCCGUGACUACCAGAUUUCUUU